AUGGCAUCUCAGGGCAUCCAAAUCUUGGGCUUUAUGCUUGCCAUGAUAGGCUGGUUUGGAACCAUCAUCACCUGUUGCCUGCCUAUGUGGAUGGUCACAGCCUUUAUCGGAGCAAACAUAGUCACGGCACAAAUCAUCUGGGAGGGUUUGUGGAUGACCUGUGUUGUGCAGAGCACGGGACAGAUGCAGUGUAAGGUCUAUGACUCCAUGCUGGCACUUCCGCAGGACCUCCAGGCUUCACGAGCUAUGGCCAUCAUCUCCAUCAUUGUGGGUGUCUUUGGUUUCCUGAUGGCUGUGGUUGGCGGAAAAUGCACAAAUUGUCUGGAGAACGAAGCAGCUAAAGCCAGAGCGUGCAUUGUCUCCGGGGUAGUUUUCAUCAUUGCUGGAUUUCUUAUAUUAGUGCCUGUGUGCUGGUCUGCACAUUUGCUUAUUAGGGACUUCUACAACCCUUUAUUAAUUUCUGCCCAGCGACGGGAGUUGGGAGCUUGUCUGUAUAUAGGCUGGGGAUCUGGAGGUCUUAUGUUGCUAGGUGGUGGACUUCUCUGCUGGAACUGCCCGUCUGAUGAAAACAGGCCCUACAUAGUAGGCAAAUACGCUCCUGCUAGAUCUGUGACCCCGGCGAUGGAUUAUGUGUGA